AUCUGCGGGGCCGGCGCGCGGGGCGGUGACUGAGUCACAGGUGGUAGAACAUGGCUGGACAAAUAUCAGAGUCGGAUCAGAUCAAGCAGUUCAAGGAGUUUCUUGGCACAUACAAUAAACUUACAGAAAAUUGCUUUGUGGAUUGCAUAAAGGAUUUCACUAGCAGAGAUGUGAAACCAGAAGAGAUAACUUGCUCAGAAAACUGCCUGCAGAAGUAUCUAAAGAUGACACAGAGGAUCUCCAUGAGAUUCCAGGAGUACCACAUCCAGCAGAACGAGGCUCUGGCAGCCAAGGCAGGACUGCUCAGCCAACCUCGUUAGACCAGAGCACUGUGCUCUGACUUAAGCUGUGCCAGUGUUCCCUGGGCAAGAACACAUUGGGGGAUUCCUACUGUCAGGAUGUGUGUCCAGCAGCUCAGAGCAGAGCUGUGGGUGCUGCUCAGGCAGUGGGGGCCAUGAAGGGUUAAACAGGAGCUCAGUCGUGGUGGCCUGGCAGUGGAAUUUGUUUCCACGAGGGAAUAAUGCAGAUACAGCUUUUCCCAGGGCCCACAGACUGGUGUCCGAAUUUCAGGGGUGGUGGGAGGGCUCACUUGCCUUGUGCCAAGACUGGUUGAGAUGAAUCAAUUGAACGUGGGGAAUACACUUUUUUAUUUAAUUCAAAUAAAAUCAACAGGAGCUA